AUGACGGCGAGCUCCUCGUCGCGUUCAAAGCGCACAACGCGACGGACAACGCUGGCGAAGUGCAUUGCUGAAGAGAGAGCUGCAUCGGCAUGCGGCAUGCCUAAACAUGCUUAAAAGCUUAGGUAGGCUGUUUGGUCCGGGCAAUUUAAUUGCAAUUUGCAACGCGCCUUGAUCAGGGAGGCAGCCGCAGAACCGGGUGGUGCGUUGAUGCUCGAUGCAAGUGCCAGUUUGAGAACAAAUCGGGAUUAGUUAGACCUGGAGUUUUGCUAGAUUGUGUUCUUAAGGCUUCAAUUGAUCGGCUACAGAGCCCGCUGUUGGAUCGCACUUUUGAGGUGUAGUUUAGCGCCAUGGAGAGACAGCUCUUUUAUUCCCUCUUUAGAGUGUCGCGCAUUUCGUCUAUCUUAGAGCAGACCCAGCGUUCCAGCCAGAGCUUGCCACCUGGCGCAUCAGCCGUGUUGGCAAUUGCUGCCCAUGCUUACAGCGGUGCCGCAGCACCAGGGAAACAUUGUGCUGUCUCUGAUCCUGGAAGUUGCUUAACCCCUCUGUCUGAUGCAAACCAGCGAUGUCAAGUAAACCAGUCUAAGAAGCAAGAAGACAUAUCUAUUCCCACAGCAUUGAGUCCCCGCAGCUUCCACCAUGGUGGUGCUUUGUGCUUUAGCACGGGGGCUCGACCCAACCACCUUGAGAAUCAUAAGGACUUUAAAUUGGGCGAAAGUGGGAGGAGCUCAGCGGAGACCCCAUCGACGUCAGGGCGCACUUCUGAAGGGACUGAGCGUCACCAGCCGCAAAAGGCUUCUUCACCGAGCGGGAAGAGUCAGAGCAAGAGCUCAAUUGACGCGGGCGAGGUUGCGAAGUUUGCGGCUAUGGCAGACUCCUGGUGGGACUACCAUGGUGACUUUGCCCCGCUGCACAAGAUGAACCCAGUGCGCUGCGCGUUCAUCCGCUCCGCCCUAUGCCACCACUUUGGCAGGGACGCACGCAAUCCGGCGCCCUUGCAGGGACUGACCAUCCUCGACGUCGGGUGCGGGGGAGGCUUGCUCUGUGAGCCGUUGGCACGCAUGGGUGCCACAGUGACCGGGGUGGACGCGACAGCUGUCAAUAUCGAGGUGGCCAAACUGCAUGCGGCUAAGGACCCUGCUAUCGCAAACACCGAGUAUGAAGCUACCACAGCAGAGGCCCUGGUUGCGGAGGGUCGUCAGUUCGACGCCGUUAUGGCGCUCGAGGUGGUUGAACACGUGGCAGACCCCCUGGGCUUCUGCCGCUCGCUCGGACAGCUGUGCCGGACGGCCGGCGGCGUCUUCAUGUCGACCAUCAACCGGACGCCCCGUGCGUACGCCUUGGCGAUCGGGGCGGCGGAAUACGUCCUUCGCUGGGUGCCUCGAGGGACGCACGACUGGUCGCGCUUUGUUACUCCCGAGGAACUCGCGCUGGCGCUGGAUAGAGCGGGCUUGGAGGUAGAAGAGCUGGCGGGAAUGGUGUGCAAUCCGCUGACACGAAGCUGGUCACUCGCUGAAGAUACUGGGGUCAACUACAUCUUGUUUGCUAAAAAGAUUCAUUAGACGUACUUCACAGUUGUACUGAUGCUAGCGCUUCUGCAUACGCGUCUGACGUGAUCCGCGGGCUUCAUCGAGUCUUUCAAAGAGUCUUCUGUGGAAAAGUUGAGAGCUUUCCUUGGUCAGCGCUCCGACUGGAUCAAGGUACAGUAUGCAGACCCUCUCGACCACGGCCGUGCAUGGCAAUUGGUACUCUCCGUGAGGAGAAAUUGAUGCCCCCCCAAUCAUGC